AUGGGCGCCUAUCUCUAUGGGGGCGCCUAUCUCUAUGGGCGCCUAUCUCUAUGGGCGCCUAUCUCUAUGGGCGCCUAUCUCUAUGGGCGCCUAUCUCUAUGGGCGCCUAUCUCUAUGGGCGCCUAUCUCUAUGGGCGCCUAUCUCUAUGGGCGCCUAUCUCUAUGGGCGCCUAUCUCUAUGGGCGCCUAUCUCUAUGGGCGCCUAUCUCUAUGGGCGCCUAUCUCUAUGGGCGCCUAUCUCUAGGGGCGCCUAUCUCUAUGGGCGCCUAUCUCUAUGGGCGCCUAUCUCUAUGGGCGCCUAUCUCUAUGGGCGCCUAUCUCUAG